AUGGCUCACUCUACAUCUGUUCCCAGUACCUUGAAACUGGCGUGGACCGCUGUCGUGCAGACAUUUUGGAUCUUUUGCGAAAACUCCUCACUUCACGGGUUGCGAUACAUCGGUCGGAACAGAACGGCUCCGUCCAACACUCUACUGCGAUUCCUGUGGAGUGUAAUAGCGUUGGUGAGUUUGGGUUUCACAAUGAUGCUGGGAAAUUCAGCCUGGGACCAGUUCCGUAGUAACCCUACUCUGACCACCAUCGAGACGACGUCUUAUCCGGUGUCGUUGAUUCCCUUUCCAUCGGUGACGCUGUGUAAUAUCAACAAAAUACACGCCACCAAGGCGGAAGAAUUGGGCAAAAAGCUUAUGGAGUUUGGGAUGAACGAAAGCGAUGCCAUUGACGUCCUUUACACGAUACCUCGGUUGAUUGACUACCCAAUAGACCAACCGAUAGAGCGCCGAAUUCUGGAUCUAGAGGAGUUCCUUCAGGCCAAGGGCUAUGAUGCGGAGCGAAUGGCCUUUGAGGUGGCGCCACCCUGCGAGACGAUGAUGGUGCACUGCUUCUGGUUGAUGCAAGACAUCCCAUGCAGUAAAUUGUUCCGGCGCACCAAAAUAUUCGCCGGUUACUGUUGUUCCUUCAAUGUGGACGGGUUUCUGGAGCCUGUUUUCACACGACCAAAGAACCCGAAUCGAACGGAGAACAUCUACGUUUCUGGUAUCGGCAAGGGCGAAGGUCUUUCUGUGUUGGUGGACAUCGGGGAACGGUUCUACACCGCAUCGGAAAGGUUUUCCAACGGUAUCGAGGUGUUUGUGCAUCGUUCGUUCGAUUUUCCGGACUUCUCGGACUACACGACCAUCGUCCAGCGUGGCAUGGAGACGGACUUGUCCAUCUUGCCGAGUAUUGUUGCAGCGAGCCCUUCGUUGAGGACCGUGCCUCUCGCAGUUCGUGGCUGUGCGUUCGGUGAUGAAGGCAACUCGACCACGAGCGUACCGUACACCUACAGUAACUGCAUGAACGAGUGUGAAACGCGGUAUAUUGCCGGUAUGUGCAGUUGCAUUCCUCUGUUCAAGCAAACUGUUGAGCUGCAAGAGGUGCUGCAGGUACCGAUCUGUGGGUUUCGCGAUUUAACCUGUCUGCUGAAUAUAAAACAACACGUUACCUUCACCUCAGAAAAUGUUGGCGAAAUGAUUGCUUCUGAUUCCAGGUUCAUAAACGUUGUAUGCAAUUGCUAUCCGAGCUGCACCAUCGAGAAGAAUGAAGUCCUUGCCAUACAAAAUACAGUUUCUAAACCGCAGCAUAACAAAUACAAACCUGAGUUUAACUUCACCGCUUACGGUGUCCUGCACGUGCAUUUCCGGUCUACUAGCUGCCUCAAAUACAAACGUGAACCGUUUGUCACCUGGCAAACGCUGGUGGCAACGUUCGGGGGCAUAUUCGGACUUUGCAUGGGCGGCUCCAUACUGAGCUUGGUGGAAAUGCUGUAUCAUUUCGGCAUUACUCCGUUUGUAGAGUACAGUGUGCUCAGAAAUAAGCUUCUCAAGGGCCGCACACAUCCCGCACAAAAAACCAAUGUCAUUGCCUACAUGGAUUAUCCAGCACAGCCACCAAUGGGUUAUUUUAGGCGAAGGGAAAUUAUGGCACGAGCCACCGGCAACGACGAAGCGGCAUGGGUCUCUGGAAAUAAUGCAAACGUGGACAAUCGUCGCUGGAAGCAACAUUACGUUAAUGAGCUGAAAAUACUGCCAUAA